AUUCCCGUGUCGUGAUCCACUCCGGCCUUUAUUUCGCUCCUGAAGUCAUCCUUGCUGCAGGGAGGAGCGUCGCCAAGCAUCCGUCUACCUGCGUUCAAAUUCAGCCAUACCCAGCACUUUUCCGACUUUAUGCUGUUUUUCUAAGGACCUAACUGUAUUCUUGAGGGCAACAAUGUUUUUCGACGAGGACUGUCGAGGCAAAACUGCUAUACUAUAGUAGAAGUAAACGACUUAUUAAUUGGCAAGUCAAGAUCAUCGGUUUCCUGCGCCAAGAAGAGGCAAGACAUGGUCAAUCCAGCAAACCGUUGGUAAGCGUUACGCCGUGAUGCUCAUUGUAGAACGCAUCAAUAUUACCAAAGAUAUUUUUCCAAAUUCAGUGGAAUGCUUGAGUGAUGGUGUAUAAUAUGCAUACAACUCAAUGUCUGCUACAUUAGCCAUACGCCGAUUUCUGUUUUUGAAUAACAUCAUGGUGAUUUUUCAAGUCACCCCUUGGGUGAAAACCGAAACCCAAAAAACCUCUCUGUGUCCCUUCAGCCGAUGCAAGCUACGUUAGGCUACAUGCACUGAUUACUGGAGAUUUGCUUCAGUCCUUCGCGUGACACAGCUUGCGAUGAGGUGAGGGGAAUCUCGCGUUGUGGGUCUGUCCUGCUGAACCAGCGUCUUUCACGCCAGCGGGGAGGGAGAAUGCUCUUCACGUGCCACGCCUGUGCCUGGAGCUGCUGAGGGAGGAACCUACCACUGGAAAACCAUGUCCUACCACCACCACCACCACCCACGGGGUCAGCAGCCCCGCACCAUGAGCGCUGAGGAGAGAAGUGCCACCCCCAUCCACAAGACCUCCACGCCCACGCAUAAGAGCGCCUCUUCCUCCUCCUCCUCGCAGAGAGACAGCCGGCAGGAAGCCGAUAGCUGGGAAAUUAUAGAAGGACUGAAAAUAGGGCAAACAAACGUCCUGCGCCCUGACAGGCAUGAAGGCUUCAUGCUGAAGAAGAGAAAAUGGCCGCUAAAAGGCUGGCACAAGCGCUUUUUUGUUCUGGACAAUGGCAUGCUGAAGUACUCCAAGUCCCCCAUCGAUAUUCAGAAAGGCAAACUGCACGGCAGUAUUGACGUGGGGCUGUCAGUGAUGUCCAUUAAGAAGAGAGCCCGCCGCAUCGACCUGGACACAGAGGAGCACAUCUACCAUGUGAAGGUGAAGUCUCAGGAUGUGUUUGAUGCCUGGGUGGUCAAGCUGCGUCACCACCGGCUCUAUCGGCAGAAUGAGAUUGUGCGCUCGCCACGGGACGCCACCAUCCGCACCUUCCCUCCCCCCAGCGCCAACCUGGAGUCCCCCCAAGCUGCCCCGGCCCCCGUCCACGAAGUUAAGCAGCCAAAGCCCAGCACCCUGCCCUGGCAGCCCCCCGUGUCCAGCAGCAGUCUCCCACCCACCUACAGCAACGGCCAGAGCAAGGUGGCCGCCUGGCUGCAGGAGUCCGAGGAGAUGGACAAGUGUGCGGAGGAGCUCGCGCACUGCCAGUCGAGCCUCAUCGAGCUCAGCAAGCUGCUGCAGAGUCUGGAGAUCCUGCAGAGGACCCAGUCUGCCCCCAACUUCACAGACAUGCAGACCAAUUGUGUAGAUUUAUCAAAGAAAGACAAGCGAGUGAGCAGAAGAUGGAGAACAAAAAGUGUCAGCAAAGAUGCAAAAAUGCAACUGCAGGUGCAUUCAUUAUCCCAAUCAAGAAUGGCAAAAGUCCCUCUCAGCUCCAGCAUGUCCCCAGUGCGGCUGCACUCGUCCAACCCCAACCUGUGCGCUGAGCUGGCGGACUUCCAGACCCCCGUCGCCCGCCUGACCGACAGCAUCGAAGGGGCCGGAGACUACAUCAAACUGCAGGAGGACUUCUGUCUCAUUGCCCAGAAAGUCCACUCACUGCUGAAGUCGGCCUUCAACACGGUGGCCAUUGAGAAGGAGAAGAUCAAGCAGGUACUGUCUGAGCAGGAGCAGGCUGGCCAGUCAGUACAGAUUGUCACUCUCAGACGGUCUUUAUCACAGGCCAUGUCCCAAAACGCUGAGCUGCGGACCCGCUUGAGCCGCAUCCACUCCGAGUCGGUGCUGUCCGACCAGGUGGUCAGUGUCAACGUCAUCCCCACCCCUGAAGAGGCAGAGCAGACCGUCGUGGGAAUCCCGCUCACGCAGCAAGCCUCCAAUGAGAGCCGGCUGUCCAUGUCAGACUCGGUGUCGGAAUUCUUCGACGCCCAGGAAGUGCUUCUGUCAGCGAGCUCAUCGGAAAAUGAGGCAUCAGACGAUGAGUCAUACGUCAGCGAUGUGAGCGAUAACAUUUCCGAGGACAACGCCAGCGUCAACGACAACGUCUCUCGACAAAUGCCCAAUGGGGACCUGGCGGGCAAUGCCUUUCGUAACGGACGCCGCACGUGCCUGCCCGGCCCCUCCCCGGACACCAGCAACAUCAACCUGUGGAACAUCCUGCGGAACAAUAUUGGCAAAGAUCUGUCCAAGGUGUCCAUGCCGGUGGAGCUGAACGAGCCGCUCAACACGCUGCAGCACAUGUGCGAGGAGCUGGAGUACACCGAGCUGCUGGACAAGGCCGCCGACACGGACGACCCCUACGAGCGCAUGGUCCUUGUCGCUGCGUUUGCAGUCUCAGGAUAUUCAUCCACCUUCUUCAGAGCGGGAAGCAAGCCAUUCAACCCUUUACUUGGAGAGACGUAUGAAUGUAUCCGGGAAGACAAGGGCUAUUGCUUUUUCUCGGAGCAGGUGAGCCACCAUCCACCGGUCUCGGCUUGUCACUGUGAAUCCAAAAAGUUCACGUUCUGGCAAGAUGUCAGAUGGAAAAAUAAGUUUUGGGGGAAAUCCAUGGAAAUCCUACCCAUUGGGACAGUCCACGUCAUGUUACCAAGCUAUGGAGACCACUACGAGUGGAACAAAGUCACCACCUGCGUGCACAACAUCCUGAGCGGGAGGAGGUGGAUCGAGCACUAUGGCGAGAUCACCAUCAGGAACACGAAGAGCAGCGCCUGCAUCUGCAAGCUGACGUUCGUCAAGGGGAACUACUGGAGCUCCAAUGUAAACGAGGUGCAGGGUUUCGUGAUGGACCAGGAGGGGAAGGUGGUGCACCGGCUGUUUGGGAAGUGGCACGAGGGGCUCUACUGCGGCGUCCCUCCCUCUGCCAAGUGCGUCUGGAGGCCAGGCUCCAUGCCCACGGACUAUGAGCUGUACUACGGCUUCACCCGCUUUGCCAUCGAGCUGAAUGAGCUGUGCCCCGAGAUGAAGGACCUGCUGCCACCCACCGAUGCCCGCUUCAGGCGAGAUCAGAGGUUCUUGGAGGAGGGCAACGUGGAGAUGGCAGCCGCAGAGAAGCAGCGCAUCGAGGACCUCCAGAGGACCCGGAGGAAGUGGCAUGACGAGAGCAACAGCAAGUAUCUGCCGCGCUUCUUCAAAAAAGUAGUGGAUGCCAACCAGAGAGAGAGAUGGGUGUCCAACAACACAUAUUGGGAGCUUCGCAAAGAUCCCGGCUUCAGCAAGAUGGAGAACCCUCAACUGUGGUAGCACCUGGAUGGAUGCCUUCCUGGAUGCGCUCAACAUAUCAUCAUGGCCGACAAAAGAAGCUUUACCUAUGCACAAUGGUGUUGAGAGCUAUGGCCUCCGUGUCAAGGCUACAUGCAUAACAUGUCAUGUCGGACUGCAGAACUGAGCGAUAACUAACCACAGCUACCGGCCAAAGGCCUGCAGCAUCCACUACCAUUCUACACAGUCUCACAGACUGUCUCCCCACUAACUCGCAGAACCAGGUUUGUCAGGGCAGCCCAUUUAAGACCACCAUGUAGAUCUACCCCCUCCUCAGACCAUGUCAGGCUUUUGAAUAUUUCCUUGCCUUAAGAGAAAAACACAAAAAAAACAUGAUUAUAACAAGGUUCGCUUACCACCACCACCACCGCCAAACACUGUUAGCUUUUUGUGACAGCUCUCUUGAUUUGUUACAGCGCUAUUGGUUAGGGGCGGCCAAUGUUUGAGCUUAGGUCUCACUAAACUAUACCUGUAAUGUAUCAUGCAUGCUUAGAAGGCAGCUUUCAUUGGCAUAUGCUGAAAUGACUUGUCACUUCAUUUCUAGAUUUAAAAAGUAGUGGUAUUUUUGUAAAAAACAAGAAAAAAAAGAUGAAGAAAAGUGAACACAUAAAAAUGAUAACUAAGCAUCCAGUAGUGUGAAUGGGCCAGUCACCCGCAGGUCACAGAGCCUUUUCCAUGAGCAGCCUGUAUCAUAGCAUUACUCUCUCUUGGAACAAACACAGUUCUGGUUUGAUUGUUGAGAAUGUUUCUGUGGAGUACACAUCCCUUAGCGAAGUGGACACUAGUCUUGUGCGCGCAUGCACCCAACAUUUUAUUCGUCCCGAACACGCACCCAAAGAGUAAAGGAUUUUGAGAACUGAUCUCAAAGACAAUGCGCAGCUCUGUAGUUGCCCGCUUCAGACCUAGAAGUCCCUGUCUUGCCUCUGGAAUUUCAGAGCAAUUUUACACUGGAAUUUUUCUGCUUUUACACUGUACAACAUUUGGAUGCUUUCGAACGGGUGGUACACAGCCGUGAAAAUGCCCCCACCUUCUUGCCUAGAGUCUCAGAUCUUAAAGAUUCCAUAGGCUUGUUUGACAGUCGGUUUACUUCAGUGAUGCGACAAGCUAAUGUAUGUUCUUAAUUGAAGAGUCAAACAGGUUUUAGAUGAGAAGGUGUCCACGGUUCUAUGAGCAGACCCAUCUUAGGCAAACCUAUGCAGUGUACCCCUGCUUACAUCCACCGGGAAAUGCUUAACACUGGCUCCCCCUGCUGGCUGUUAACCAGCUUUUUUACUAUGUAAGGAAACGCAGAAGGCAGUCAAAGAUUACAUGGUUUUUAACCUCAUUAAAAGAGGUCAGAUAACUGCGCUGUGAGGGAGUUAUUCAGAUAAAUACACUUUUCUUAAGCCAAAGAAAGAAUACGCAAACAGAAAUGUGAAUGUUCAAUGAGGAAGUUACAUAUUCCAGGAGAGAUUACGGUCAUGAUACAAGGCUUUACCCAACGUAUCAGUGUACAGAACAUUUAAUUUAAAGACCUUUCCAUCACCACUGCCUUGUUUUUAAGUUACACAUUCCAUGUUCUUUUCUGCCUCAUGUUCUGAGUUACUGAUCAGCAGCUUUGGAAACUGUAUUAUCAUUUUUUUUAACAUGCUUUGUUUAUUAUUGUAGUUUAUUAUAAAUAACUGGGCAAAUGCUCAAAUUGACCAUUUCACAUAGGCAGUACAACCUCCAUACGUCUGAGCAAGCAAUGUAUGCAGAUUUUUUUUUAUUGUAGACUUGUGUAAAUUAUAUUACAGACCAUAAACUU